CAGCAGCUUGGUGAUCAGCAGUGAGCGAGAGAAACAAGGAGAGAAAAACAACAGACCCUUUCUCUUCUCUCCGCCUGCCGCUGGAAGGGAUGGAGCACUUGUGCCUCUCUGUUAAGAAAUGAAACCAGUUGGGCUGCACCCUGGUAAUGCAGAAGGUGCGGAAAAAGCAGCGGGCUCCGGGAAGAGUGUAGCAAGCAGAAAAGUAGCUGAGCACGCAGGGGAUCCCAUAUCUGGUCCUUGUUACCCUUCAGGCCUCAGCUUCUCAUCCAUCACUUCCUCUCAAUUCCUAGCUUGGUGAGGAGGAAAAACUGGUGUGAGGCUGGCGGCAGAAAAAAAAAAAAAGGACGGAUUCACAACUGAGGGAAACUUUGAUGAUGAGAGUACAUAUACUUGCAGUACUCUGCACUACUCUGGGGCUGGAAGGUGGCAGUUAAAGGAGGUUGGAACCCAACUCUACGUUCUGAAAGGCCUUCCAAGCUCUACUCACAGGGCUACGGCAGGAUGAAACUUCAAGCAACUCUGCAGGCUGAAAGGGGAGUUGGAACAAUUGGGGAGGCAGGGAGUAUAGAUUCCAGGUUACAACAGACCGGGGAAGAAUGAGACAUUUGCCAACAGGCUACAGAGUUGUAAAAGAAGCAUCAGGAGUUGGCAAGAGACUGUAGGUGUUAAGUAAAGAAGAGGGGUCAGAGAUUAUUAAAGUUUUUUAUAACAAGGAAGACCACAUAAUUGGUCAAUUUGGUAAAGAAGAGAAUUCAAGAAAGAUGAAGAGUUGUUUUUGCCCAGUAGAAUUUUAGAUGUCAACCAGGUGGUCGAUAUAAUUCAUGGAAAGACGCUAUACUUAGCCUGACUCAAGAGGGGAAGUUCAGAAGCCACAAAGAUAGAUUAUAUGACUCAUACACACUUGUGAACUCAGAUAAUUCUCCUUCCCGCAAUUCUUGGGGAACCAUAAUCGAGCUGCGGAACUACAUUUCCCAGGAUACCUCCGCACCACGCUCCACUUCGCGCCUCCCGUGAGUCUCUGGGAGCAGAACUUGGCCUCCGCCGCUGGGGGCGGGGCAUCGUCGGGCUCCCGGGGCGCCCUGUUACGCACUUCCUCCCGGGGUGAAUCGCCGUGUGGCGGGUUCGAGUCCCGCCUCCCGACUCGCCGCAAGCCCCUGAGUCCGGGGCGGGGCGCAUUCGCCGGUUAACCUCUCAGCGGCGAGGGGCGGCGGCACACGUUGGGCUUCACCAUGGAGAACUACUUGCAGGGUUGUCGAGCUGCUCUGCAGGAGUCCCGACCCAUACAUGUUGUGCUGGGAAAUGAAGCCUGUGACUUGGACUCCAUGGUGUCAGCCCUUGCCCUGGCUUUUUACCUGGCAAAGACAACUGAGGCCGAGGAAGUCUUUGUGCCAGUUUUAAAUAUAAAACGUUCAGAGCUACCUCUACGAGGUGACAAUGUCUUCUUCCUUCAGAAGAUUCACAUUCCAGAGUCCCUCUUGAUUUUCCGGGAUGAGAUUGACCUCCAUGCACUGCACCAGGCCGGCCAGCUUACCCUCAUCCUUGUUGACCAUCAUGUCUUACCCAAAAGUGACGCAGCCCUAGAGGAGGCAGUGGCAGAGGUGCUAGACCAUCGGCCCAUCGAUCAGAGACACUGCCCUCCCUGCCCUGUUUCAGUUGAGCUGGUGGGCUCCUGCGCUACCCUGGUGGCCGAGAGAAUCCUGCAGGGGGCACCAGAGAUCUUGGACAGGCAAACUGCAGCCCUUCUUCAUGGAACAAUCCUCCUGGACUGUGUGAACAUGGACCUUAAGAUUGGAAAGGCAACCCUCAAGGACAGCCACUAUGUAGAGAAACUAGAGGCCCUCUUCCCAGAUCUGCCCAGCAGAAAUGACAUCUUUGAUUCUCUGCAAAAGGCCAAGUUUGAUGUAUCAGGACUGACCACAGAGCAGAUGCUGAGAAAGGACCAGAAGACCAUCUCCAGACAAGGCACUAAGGUGGCCAUUAGUGCAAUAUAUAUGGAUAUGGAGGCUUUUCUGCAGAGGUCUGGCCUCCUUGCAGAUCUCCAUGCCUUCUGCCAAGCUCACGGCUGCGAUGCCCUGGUUGCCAUGACUAUCUUUUUCAGCACUUACAAUGAGCCAGUGCGGCAGUUGGCUGUUUUCUGUCCCCACGCAGCACUUCGAAUGACGAUCUGUGGAAUCCUGGAACGUUCCCAGUCUCCGUCCCUGAAGCUGACCCCUGUCCCAAGUAGCCACCCUAACCUCCAAGCCUAUCUUCAAGGCAACACCCAGAUCUCUCGAAAGAAAGUUCUGCCUCUGCUCCAGGAAGCCCUGUCAGUGUAUUUUGACUCCACGGACAUCCCUUUAGGACAGCCUGAGACAGAGGGUGUGUCAAGGGAGCAGGUGGACAAAGAAUUGGACAGGGCAGGCAACUCCCUGCUUUCUGGACUGAGUCAGGAUGAGGAGGAGCCUCCACUGCCCCCCACGCCCAUGAACAGCCUGGUGGACGAGUGCCCCCUGGAUCAGGGGCUGCCGAAGUUCUCAGCCGAGGUCAUCUUCGAGAAAUGUAGUCAGAUCUCGCUGUCAGAAUCUACCACUGCCUCCCUGUCCAAGAAAUGACUGCUGAGAGGGAAGGGGAAAGUGAGAGAGGUUGCUUGAACCGUCCUGAAUGCAUGUUUUGAGGUGUUUCAGCAGGUCUGUCUUCUUCAUUGUUCCAGGAUCUGGUGUACUGUUGUCAUUGCUAGGAGGAGAAAGAAGAGAAGGAAAGCUGAGCUGGCUUUCUACCUUUUUCCCCCACAAUCUCAACCAAUCAAAAAAAUUUUAUUAUUUAAUUUAACUGUUGAAAUCCGCACUGACUAUCAUUUGUUUCAUUUGCCAGGGUCAUGAUGUAAUAACAUACAUUUGUAUGUAUUACAUAAUGUAGUAACAUACAGGUGCAGCCGAGUGGCACAGAAAUAAUGUGUACCCCAAGAGUGCCCUCAGUCAGGCUCCUUAACAGAACCAGUAUUUCUCAUGGAACCAAACAUGCAUUGUCUCCAGUAUUCAUUUAUUCUCUUAUUAAUUCAAGUAUUUAUUGAAUACAGUACCUACCUUAAGCUUAUUCUAGUUUUAGCCUUUAGCUCAUUUCCACCUCCAUGACUCCUCUCUCUGCCCCCCAAUUAGGUGAUGGUGUCUGAUCCCAGAUGGCUAAAUUUCUAUUAGCUUAUUGUGACUGUUUCAGGAUUAUUUAGGGGUAGAUUAGAGGCCCUUGUCUUCUGUCCUGAUCAGGUGGCCUAGCUCUCAGUUUCCCUGGAUCCCUCUGAGCCAGAGCCACAGGGAUCCAGAAGACCUCUGGUUCAGGAGACACCUGGGAAGACCUUAAGACCUCUGGGGUACUCUUCCCAAAAGAUGGCAAAAAUACCAUGGGAGCCCCGGCUCCACUGAUUUCUUACCCAUCUCAUUCUCCUCUUGCACAGAGUAGAAGGAAACAAAGUUUCAUACUGAGUGCCAUAAACUAUGUCUUUUGUCCAGACACUCACUCCUUUAAGUUCAUUUCCCUGUCUGCAAAACUGAUGUUCCCUGGUUUCUGUCCCGUUGCCACCAUCCUUUCUCACCUCAGCCCCUCUGGUUUUUUGUUCUUGUUUCUGUUUCCCUGUGAGUGCUCAGGGUCACUCGAUUGUCUGUUUCUAUGUAAUUGUACCAAGGUCCUCAGCCUCAUGUAGCAUGUACAGGAGUAUGAUUCCUACCAUAGUGACGCAGCACAGAGUCCCCCCACCCCCCGACUUGUUCUGCAUGUGUAGAGUCCCCCUUUUCUCUUCAGACCAACCUGUUCCCCCUUUUCCUCCCCAACAGCUCUGUCUCCUGUGGGUUGUCAACAGUUUCGCUGAACAGUGGGGUGUGUGAUGGUUUUGACAUGAUGUCUUCAUAUGAGGGAAACAGUCUGACUUCACUUUGAAGGGAUGAUGUUUGUAGCCAUUGGAAGGUAAAAUAGUGUUGUGAUUAUUGAACCAAAGGAAUUUACGUUUUGUAACUUGGUUACUUUUAUUUUGCAUUUUGUUAAAGUAUUAAAUACUUUUUUCCUGUU